AUGGCAUAUGCAGACAUUGCAUCCAUCCCGACUCCCCCUCACUGCACGGCAGACUUCUGCUUGAUUCCGAUCGGGACCUCCUCUCCUUCCGUAUCCUCCCAAAUCGCAGAUGUCCAGCGCCUAAUUGAAAAGUCCGGACUCAAAUAUGUGAUGCACUCGGCUGGUACAACACUGGAGGGUCCCUGGGACAAGGUCCACCAGGUCAUUGGUCAGGCGCAUAUGCUAUUGCACCAACAGGGUAUCGUUCGGAUCCAGACUGAUAUCCGGGUUGGGUCGAGGACUGAUAAGGAGCAGUCGUUUGAGGAUAAAGUGAAUAAAGUGCGGCAAUUGUUGGCACAGGAUCAGUGA